GAAGAAGAAGAAGUGGUUGUGACGUGGUGGAUUUGUGGCCAGAGAAAUUCUUCUCGCGUGUUUUUCCCCAGCUAAGCAACGCGCAAUUCCCCAUUUCUCAGUUUAAUUCUCAUCCCGUGGACAUCCACAAUCACUGAAGUACAAUCAUGGAUCAAAUUGCCAAGUUCUGUGAACCCGGACGUCUCUUCGCAAAGGAUUCCAUCCGCCUAAUUAAGAGGUGCACAAAACCCGAUCGGCGGGAAUUCCAGAAGAUUGCCAUUGCCACGGCAAUUGGAUUCUGCAUAAUGGGCUUCAUUGGAUUCUUCGUGAAGCUCAUCCACAUCCCCAUCAAUAAUAUCAUUGUGGGCUCGUAAGUACCACACACACCUCAUCCCUUGUUCAUCCCAUCCGGAAGUUACUCUGCAAGCACCACCCCCCACUUCAAGCAGGUGUCGGCGGCCCCCCUCAGACCCCCCACGUGGGGCCACAGAUUUCUUAUAACAAAAAAAUUAUAUUAUUUAAAUCUCCACGUAAAAAAAAAAUGAAAUGAAUAAAGACAAAAAAAUUUAUUGAAGAAAAAA